UCUGUUCAAGCUAGACGUACCUAUAUUAUUGCAUUGGUUUGUCCUGGGAAAGUCCUCCAUGUUGCACUUAAUAUUCACCUGAAUGGGAGUUAUCCCUAAUCUGCUUCAGAAUCUGGUACGUCUCCAAGGCCAGUUUUGCACUGCCGUGGCCUCCAAUGAAUCUUCUGGGAUGUACUUAUAGUCUUAUAGAUUGGAAUUGGUUCAAUUUGAACUGGCGGGUUCCUUUCAGCGUUUUAGUAUGGACUAUGGAGUGCGAAUUAAUGCUUGAUUUCAAGACGAUAUGUUGUGCCCAGAUGCAGCAUUUAUUUUGUUACUUUAAACAAUGGAUUUGUCAUUUUCAAUUUCUCAGGACUAAACCACUGUACAUUCGAUACUGUAAUACCAUAACUGAAGUCCUUUGAACUCCCAGUCCCAGAUACCUGCCACAUUAAUUUGGAUGAUAACUCCAGGUUCCCUAUCUUGACUUUAUCCGCUCUUCUUGGUACACAUAUUUUGACUGUAAGGUUAAAAAACCAAUUAACUAAAACUGGUUGAAAGAAUGACUGAGAUGAAGUCAUUUUCUGGUUUCCGAAAGAAAGAAAACAGGAAAAAGGAAAAUAUACGUGGACAUGGACUCCUCUGUCUCUUCAAGAAUUAGUCAAUUAGAUCAUUACCAUCUCUUAAUUGACCAAUGUUUAGUCAAGAACAAUUAUCAAGUAAUAUUUGAACCAAGUUUCUGGACAAACAGCUUUACUUAGCUUGGACUUUAAAGAUAGGUCGAACAUAUGAUAAUCUGACUUUCUUCUGAACAUUUACUACCUGAGAGGGCGUGGAAGCUGGGCAGUAUAACAAUAGACUGUUUCUUGAUCACACAACUUGAAAAAGAAGAUGUUGUCAGUUGUUGUGUUUGUAAUAGCAGUCUUGACGAUCUUAACAACUCAGUGGUUAUGGAGACGGAUGCAUCCAAGAUGCGAGAAUGGAGUUCUGCCCCCAGGUUCCAUGGGAUUGCCUCUCAUUGGAGAGACUCUACAGUUACUCAUUCCUAGCCGCUCAUUGGACCUCCAUCCCUUCAUCAAGAAGAGACUUUCAAAAUUUGGUCCAAUUUUCCGAACUAGUUUAGCAGGCAGGCCUAUUGUAGUAUCAGCUGAUCCCAAAGUCAACCAUUUCAUACUUUCACAAGAAGGGAAGUUAGUAGAGUUAUGGUAUUUGGAUACGUUUUCUAAGCUUUUUAAUCAAGAAGGGGACUCUAGGACAACUGCAGUUGGUGAUAUUCACAAAUACAUAAGAAGUAGAACGUUGAAUUACUUGGGUGUGGAGGCACUGAAGGAGAAGUUGCUUCCCCAGCUGGAAGAAAUGGCAUGCAGAACUCUAGACAGUUGGUCAAAUCAGGAGUCUGUUGAAGUGAAACGUGCAUUUGGAGCUAUGGUAUUCAAUUUCACUGCAAAAGUUUUUCUUGGUUAUGACUCUGACAAGUCAUCAGAUGACUUGAGUGAGAAGUUCAACAAGAUACUUGAAGGCCUUAUGUCUCUUCCUUUAAACAUUCCCAGAACUGCAUUCCACGACUGCAUGAAGUCAAAGAAGAAAAUAACGGGAUUCAUCAAAAGCAAAUUAAAUGAGAAGCGUGCUGGCCUUAGAACAUCUAAAGAAGACUUCCUCGAUCAGGCCAUUGAUGACAUGGCUACAGAGAAGUUCCUGGGAGAAGACCUUAUAGUGCAAGUGAUGUUUGGCCUUUUAUUUGCCAGCUUUGAGUCAAAUUCAUCAACGCUUACGCUUGCUUUGCUCAAGCUCUCUCAACACCCUUCUGCAUUAGAGAUGCUUACAUCUGAGCAUGAGACUAUACUAAGGAACAGGAAAAGAGUGAAAUCUUCACCCACAUGGGAUGAGUACAAGUCAAUGACCUUCACUCUUCAAGUAAUCCAUGAAACUCUGAGGUUGGCAAAUGUUUCUCCAGGAUUACUACGUAAAGCGCUUAAAGAUAUUCAAGUUAAUGGUUACACAAUUCCAGCAGGGUGGACAAUUUUGGUUGCUGCCUCUGCUCAGCAGUUAAAUCCUAGCGUCUUUGAUGAUGCACUUGAAUUCAACCCCUCACGUUGGAAGGACAUCGAUAAAGCUGCCAUAGAACAAAAUUUUAUGCCCUUUGGAGCAGGAAUGAGACAGUGUGCUGGUGCUGAUUACAGCAAGGUGCUACUAUCAACUUUUCUCCAUGUGUUGGUCACCAAGUACAGGUGGAGUGUAGUGAAGACUGGAAAUAUUGGAAGAAACCCACUUCUCAGCUUUGGAGAUGGUGUCUACAUUAAGAUUGCAAAGAAAGAAUGAGUGCUGUGAUUGGAAACUUUUCUCAUUUUACACUUUCUAUAUUCCUUAAUGAAUGGAAGUUAUACUCAAUGUGCUCUAGGUUGAUACAGAACCAGGAACUCAGGGUUCAGAAUCCCUCAUCUGUAUCGAUAACGUUGCCCGAGAACUUGUUUAGGGUUCUUAGUUGGGGUAGUUUUUAUCAUUUUAUUAGUAUUUUUGAUUGUUUAUUUGUUAUUUUAGUGUUUGUGUCAAUAAAUAACGGUGCGCGAAAAACGGCUGAAGAAGGAAGAAGUUCUUAGCUUCUGUCAAAGUUGUGAAGGAUCUGGUACAUUUCCAAGGGUCAAGUUCUACAAUGGACUAAAACUUGCUGCUGGAACUCAGAGAUGACAUUCUUGUACUUUUGAAGAAAGGAUUGGUAUAUAAUAAUGAUACCACAAGUCAAGU